ACCCAGUUCUAGUUUUUCUUUUUUAGAAAAACUAAAAAUUGCAAUUCCUAACUUCAUGGCUGCUAACGAGGUCGCUACUAGAAAGAGAGAGUCGAUCUUUCGCUCUUCUACUUCUUUUUCUGAAAUGCAUGGAUUCCAAUUUGCUGUUCCUAAAUUUGUUUCUCCGUAACGGAUACCUAUAGAAAAAAAGAUUGAUCCAACAAAAGAAGAAGUUCAAAAGAGCAGCCAUGGAAGUGUCCAACAAACUUGAUAAACUGCUCUUUUUUGAGCAAGCUCGUAAAAUUUCCGAAGCCAAUUACACUUCCGAUCCUAACGAUGCCGAUGUUUGCUUUCUCCUUUCUUGGAUCUAUUUUUAUUUUUUUUCAAUUAAAAUGUGUUUUUGGCUAGUUUUUCUUUCAUCUUUUUGUUGGCAGAACUUGACCAAAUGGGCCGAAUCUUUACUGGAAUUGUCUCAGUGUCAAUGCCCUCAAGAUUCCCUGAAAAUGAUUCAAGAUGCUAUCAUGAAGUUAGAGCAGGCAUUGUCUAUUAACCCAAGAAAGCAUGAAACUUUAUGGUGCUUGGGAAACGCUCAGACUUCUUUAGCAUUUCUGACUAAAACGGAGGAUGAAGCGAGGCCUUAUUUCAAACAAGCUGCUAAAUACUUCCUGCAAGCAGUUGAUGAGGAUCCGACCAAUGAAGUUUACCUCAAAUCACUCGAAAUAUCUUCUAAGGCCUCCUUUCAAUACACUCCCAAAGAUAAAGGGAAAAAUGGGCUCUCUCUGUCUGUCUCUCUUCAACCAAGCUCCCUUGAGACCCCUUUCCAUCUCUCUUCUUUUUCUUAGAAUUUUUCAUCAGAAUUAAAACCUAUAGUUGUGGCUCUCUAGCUUACUCAAAGGUGAACUACUAUCCAAACCACCACUUCCUUCUCUCUUCCCUUGUUAAUCUUACCGGUUCACAAUUUGUAACUUUGAAUAGCUUAUUACAACAUGUUGUUUUUAGUUGUGAAAGUAUAAACUGGACGUUGUUUGAUUUUGAUGAGAGUUUUUUAUUCAUCUUAUCAGCAUUUGAUGUAUUUGCAAUGGGGUGUUUCUAAGAAUUCAAGUAUGGGUUGUUUUUUAUUUCCUUGCAUGUUGAGGUUAGUAGAGGAUAUGUUGUGUAACACCCCUCACCCAACCUGAUCGUUGGGUCCGAGUUAUGGAGUGCCACAUUCGUUGCCAGAGCAACUAUAGUUAAAUACACAGUAAAUAAUCAUUCACACAUGCAAUUAAGUGUCAACCACAUUCAAUUCAUGUUAAACAAUCAAUUCUUAAGUCUUAAUCGAGAUUACGAAAGCACUUUUGUCAACCCGAGCACAAAUUAAGACCAAAUUGUAAAGAUUUUAAAAAAGUGUGAAUUGAAGCCACAACUUCAAUAGGUUCUCGCCACGAUGUGGCCAUUAUAGUAUGUCACGCCAAGAUGACAAGUUUAAGCUCGUCAUGACAUCACUCACUGUAAUGGCGACGUUGCAACGUCAAAAGUUU